CAGCAAGAUCAAUGUUUGUAAAAUUGUUUUUUGAAAAAGAUUUUUGAAGAUGGCUUCUUAUCAAGCGGUUUGCAUUGCUGCUCUGAUUCACCUCGUGCUCGGAAUAUCGGUAAGCCCUUGGCCACCUAAAGAUACCUGUUCACCUGCUCCGAAAGUGGGCGCUUGGAUCUUCACGUUUGCCAUCCUUCUUCUGGUCGCCGAUGUAAGGAUGUGUCCGAAAGGUUACACGCACGUGCCGUACAUCAUUCAGGUUCUUGGGGAGACGGUCGGAUCCCUGAUUAUCAUCGAGUUCUCCACAUCCGUGGUGUGGUGCGCCUUGGAAAGUGUGACCCACCAGCUGACUAGGUUGCUACUUUUAUACUGGGGAAUGAACGGUGACACUUACCUGGCGCUGGAGUAUUGGAUCCUUUUGAUUCCUACCACGGCUGUGGCCAGCACUUUUCUAUACAUUAUGAUAAAGGCCAUUAUACCCUACUAGAUCUAUGGAAAGCAGAUGGUUAUGAUGCAUCUGAACAAGGAUGUCUCCAGCGACAUGGUCAGCAAGUGCUGGCAAAACCAGAGAAAGAAUAUAUAACUGUUCAUUAAAUCGCGAAUCAGUAUUUUAGAGCGUAAAUUGUUCGUGUAAUUAAAAUGAAUAUUUCAAUUAUACGUUUUGAUCACAUCUGUUCAAAUUCAAAAA